CUUUAGUAUAGAAACUGAAACUAUGCAAACCACAGAAAGUUCUACAAAAUUAAUCACAAUGUGAAAACAAGUUAAUAUCUUCAAUGCAAAUUGAAAUGCUUUGACAUGCUAUGAUAUAGAUGAAUAAUGUGCCAUGGCAGGAGUAAGAGUUUCACAGAUUUCUCGUGACCUGGAUGGCGAAGAUCUGAAGAUAUACUUUAGCAACACAAAACAUGCUGGUGGAAAAAUAGACAAGAUUUACUUCCCUUUACUCAACAAUGAUGCAGUCAUAUUUUUCCGAGAUCAAGAAGUUGUUGACUUACUUCUAUCCAGAGAUCACAACAUUGAUGGGCAUGAUGUACAUGUUGUCAGAACAGAUCCAAUGAUAUUCUCAGAAAUAUCAGCCAAACUCAAUCCAGAAAUAUCAUCUUUAGUAGCAGUAUCCAAUAGAAUCAAAGAUCGUUUAGAAUAUGUCAUUGAGGUACAAUUGGAAGAAAACCCAGAAGAUCACUGUAUAGAGUUGAUUGGAAACAUUUUUCAGAUUGAACUGGCAUGGAAUGCUAUUAACCAUUCUCUCAAAACACAACGUAAAAUCCAUUCAAAAAUUUACCAAAGGCAAGAAUCUAAGGAUGGAGACAGAGAAAGGUCAAAAUCAAGGACAGAUGAAGAUAAUGAUGCUAGAGAGUCUAGUUUUACAGUAAGUCAUGAUUCUCUGUCACACAAGUUUAGAGAAAGGACACCUGGGAAAACAGCAAGAAAUGUGUCCCAAGAAAUUCCUUUUAGUAACCUUGAUUCUGACCCUUAUACAUCACAUGGUUAUCAGAAACGGUCUACAGCUAGAUUUGUAGAGGAAUCUGCAAAUAGGAGACCAAUUUCAUCCCACAAGAAGGGAUCAGUGUUAAAGGAAGUUGACAAUGUGCCAAGUUAUUCAUCGUCACAUUAUGACUCCAAUCAUACAGAUCCUGAGGUAAGACCAAAGACUGGCACCAUUACUCAGCCAAACCAAACAGAUAAUGAUAGUACAAUUCCAAAAUUAUCCUGUUUUGACCAGUUAGAACCUGAUUUAUCUGGUACAUUGAAAAGGAGUGAUAGAACACAGUCACAUCACCUGAAGUCAUUGAGUUCAAAUCCUGACUACAUAAAUGUACAUCCCUCAGAUUCAAUAACUGUACUUGGUAGUGAGACAUAUCAAGUUACUGAGCCAAAAAUUCAUAUAACCAACAUCGGUGACAUAUCUGAUGACACAGAUGAAGAUGAAGUUCAGAAGAUUUUCAAAAGUUCUAAAGGGUCAUCUGAUAGUGAAAGGUCUCGACAGGCCAAUGACACAUUCAGAGAAUUCUCCACUACCAGUCCACAGAGAAGUUUUCCUGAGGAGAAACCAACAGGGAACCAGUCUCUGUUUUCUACUGAUUUUUCUCUAUCCUCUUACCAAGAAUUUACUGUAGGAAAUCUUAAAGUUGUUGUGACGCUCCAAAACAUAACUGCAGUUGAAACAGAUGGAUUAGUGAAUGCAGCAAAUGGGAGUUUAUAUAAUGGUGCUGGGGUUGCAGGCGCCAUCUCUAAAGCUGCUGGUUAUCGUCUAGAAACAGAGUGUGAAGACUUCAUCAAAAAUCAUGGGAAUAUGGGUACAUCACAGGUGAUGCAUACAAGUGCUGGAGGUCGAUUGAAGGUCCGCCAUAUUCUACAUGCUGUUGGCCCAAUCUGGUUGGAACAAAGACAAGAGAGAUGUACUUAUGAAUUGAUACAGACUUACAUGAAUUGUUUUGAGUAUGCUGAUUCUAAACUAAAGAUAUCAUCUGUCAGCGUUCCUUGUAUAAGCUCAGGUAUAUUUGGUGCCCCUUUGGAUACCUCAGUUCAGUGCUUUUUAGAUGCAGUUUUGUUAUAUUAUGACAAGAACAAGUCCAAUGUGAGGCAAAACUUGAGAGAAAUUCACAUGGUAAACAAUGAUGAGGAUGCUGUGGUUACAACAAUUGUUAUUAUACAUUCUCUUCUGGAAGGAGGAGUACCAAUAGCCGUACAGACAGCAAAGGUCAAGUUUUUAGAACUGAAGAAGAAGGUGGAUAUAAGUAAUCCAAGGUACUAUUCUCAUACAGACGAUUGGGGUCCUCAGACCCUACCUGUCCAGGGUAAUAGUUUACGACGAACUUCAUCAAUGGACCGGAACUCUGCAAGAUCUAAAUCAGACAGACAUGAAUUCAAAACAUCAGGUUAUAAUCCAAGUAAUGUUAAUUCUUCUGCUGUGCCAAAGUUUUCUUCCCCAAGAACGACCAAUAGUAAGACAUCUGGUAUUGGUACUAAAUCGUCUGGGAAGUCUCCACUUCUAAAACAAACUCUGACAAACCCCUCCUCACUGAGACCAAAGACAGCACCAAGUAAAAUCAAAGACUCAAGGUUAAGGACCGAUGAGAGUGGACAGAACAGUGAUUACAAGUUAACAAGUGAUUUAAGAAUGAAUGGAGAUUUUGAUGGAACAGCUAGUCUCCCAGCACAUCUAGUUUAUCAAAAUCAUAUUGAAGAAUGCCCUAUCUGUUACGAGAGAAUGAAAAAUCCCAAAACUCUGGACAAAUGUGGACAUUCAUUCUGUCAGAAGUGUGUUGACAGACAUUUUGCCAAUGGGAAACCUGUUUGUCCAACCUGUGGUACUCUGUAUGGCAUUGUCAAGGGAGAUCAGCCAUUAGCGUCAAUGACAUAUAAGAUAGACAGAUUGUUGAAGAUACCAGGUUAUGAGGAUAGUGAUGGAGCCAUUGUUAUUCAGUAUGAUGUUCCAGCAGGGGUCCAAAUGAGAAAUCAUCCAACUCCAGGAAAAAGAUACAAAGCCUUAAAGAGGACGGCUUAUUUACCAAAUAACAGUGAGGGAAAGCAGGUCUACAAACUUCUAAAGAGAGCAUUUGAUAACAAAUUGAUCUUUACCAUUGGAGCAUCACGGACAACAGGGAAGGAAGAUGUUUUAACCUGGAAUGAUAUCCACCACAAAACCAAUGUGGAUGGAGGACCAACCAAAUUUGGCUAUCCAGAUUCUACUUAUAUGAACAGAGUUAGAGAAGAACUUGCAGCUAAAGGCAUUGUAUAAUUAUAUUUUUCUGAUUGACAGAUUUUGUUAUAUAUAAUGUUAUUUUGAUUCCUGAACUCAUUUGGUUAUGGCAACUUCUUUAGAUUUGAAUUGAUAUGUAUUAUUAAUCAUCUGUAUUGUGGAUAGCAUUUUUAUGCCCUGUCUACAAUAGUAAUAGAGGGAAUUGUGUUUUCCAGUCUGUGUGUCCAUCCGUCCAUUAGUAUGUCUGUUAAUUAAUCCAUUUGUCUUCAAGUUCUGUAUCAGGUUUAAGUUUUGAUAAAGGGUAGUUUGUGGUCACAUCAAAUUUAAAUUUAGUACACAUGUUCAUUAUAAAGUGAACCAAUUAAUAUAUAUAGGAAAAAAGUAAAAUAACAAAAAUACCAAACUCCAAGGAAAAUUCAAUGCGGAAAGUCCCUUAACAAAUGGCAAAAUCAAAAGCUCAAACACAUCAAACGAAUGGAAAACAACUGUCAUAUUACCAUACCUGUCAACCUAUAACAAUGAAAUUGCAGGUGAUGACCUGCAAAGAAGAAUGAAAUCUCAGGUCAUAACGCGUACGAACUUUUUCGAGCUGAAUUUCAGUAUUUAGGGGACAUUUUUCUUAUAAUUUAUAUCAAAGUGUCCAAAACAUGUCCACAUGGUUAAGUAAUUUAAAACUGUACAUAUUAUUAUUUCAUUGCACCUAGAGUCCAUUGAUAGAUUUGUGUUCCUGUUCAUAUUCAUUCCAUGACAUAAAUGUGCCACUUUGUGUUUUCUUUACAUACAUUUUUUUUUUUAUCUUUAGUUUUCUUUACAUACGUUUGUGCAGCUUUUGAACAGUAAAUCAUAGCAUUGGUUGAUAUUAGAGUAUAAUAAAAUAAAGUUAAACAAUUAAAGGAGGUAUAGAUGAAAAAAGUAAUUUUCAAAAUUUUUAUUUUUUAAUUCUUCUAAGGUAGAACAAUAAGUAAAAGUAUUAUUCUGAUAUGUUUGUGCAUUCAAUUCAUUUUAGAUUUAAUCUUUUUACAAUAAAAAACCAUAAGUUUAAGGAGUAUAUUGUAUAUUGACAAAAAAGGGGAAGUAACUUUGAAACUUUAAAACAACUUUGAAAUACACAAAUUAUUUACGACCUAAAGCUAAGGUAAUUGGUGUUAAUUAACAGUGUGUUUGACACCAAAGCUGUCAAGUGAAGCCAUGCACUGAAAUGGGUCAAUUGAGCUGAGUUUACAUAGCUAGUUGAACUUCUUGUCCAGGAAGAAUUACGAAUUUGCCGGUAUUUCAUUGAAAUCACUUUAUAUCUAAUCAGUCUGAAGGCUAAGGAAUCCGGGUGGAAACGGGUUAUUUUUCGAAUUCCCGGGUUAUUUGGUCAUCCGGCAGGUGUUCCGGGUGACCCCUCAGAAUUGUAAAAAUCUCGGGUCACACCCGCAGGAUCCCAGUCAGUUGACAGGUAGUUCAUUGAGCAUGAAAAUGUUAUAGUUAAUAUUUUUGCUUUAAUUUAGUUUAAAAGUUAUAAAACCAAUAUGUUAAGUAUUAUUUAUAACAGGAGUAGCAUAAAAUAUUUUAGUCUUUUUUUUAUGUGUUUCCUAGUGAAGAAACUUUGAUCUGAUAAAAAUCAAAACAAUAGUCAUAGAGUUAUUUGCUAUCUGAAAAUUAUUGAGACAAAAAUAUAUUACCAUUAUCAUAAGAAUAUGACAUGUCACAGUUUGGUUUAAAUUCUGACAUCUCAUUAUAACUGUCUGAUAUUAAGUGCUAAAAAUGGUCCGUCCUGUGAGAUUGUAUUUCUAAUAAAAGAUCUGAAUAAAUAAUUUGAGGAAUUUUUCAUGUAUAUUGUUAUGUGUAGAGAUAUUUCUUAUGCUAUGUAUUUUGUUAUGUGUAGUUUACAAAGAUGUUUUUUGUGCAUAUAUUGUUAUGUAUAGUGUACAUGUAUUUCUUAUGAUAUGUAUAUUGUUAUGGUAACUUGUAAAGGCAGCAUGUAAAAAACAUUUAUUUAAGUUGUAAGAUUCAUUGAUGUAUAUAAUUGUAUUCAAAUUUGGUAUUUGGACCAGACACAAUCUUUGUCUAGACUUUAACUCAGUCUUAUCCAUGUAUUCUUUAGUGCUAUAAAAUCUUUUAUGAUUUCAAAUAAAAAAACAUAUAAUUUGCAUUUCUUAUAAAAGCUUAAAAAGGACAAGAGGUGAUAAGGGUUAAAUCUGCCUUAUUUUUAACUGAAAUAUCCACUUUUGAUUCAAGAUUUCCAUUUAUGUCAGUUUUAAAGAUAAGGUAUUGCAAAGCCAAAAGCAAAAACAGGUAGUUUAUGAAUCAUUUUGUUAUAAUAAAUGUUCUUGUGACAUCAUGGCAAAAGCCCUUCUUUGUGUUUUUGUGAAAAAUUCAAUUUAUGCUAUCUUUUGAAACCCAAUUUUGAUGAAUAUUCAUGAUAUUUGAAAUUCCUUAUGGUUUAAAUUUUGUACAAACAUAUCAAUUAUGAAUUGUGCAAAAAUCAUCUGAUUUUGUCAUACUUUGAUUUUUAUGCCUAAUAUGGCCCUUAUCCCUCUCACCUAUUUUUUCAUUUAUUUGUUUCAUAUUCUUCUCUCCAAUCUGAAGGUAGACAGUUUGUCAGCUGAAAAAAAAUUAGAAAAAAUAAGAAGUUUCUGUUGACAGUGUUAGUGUUUAUUGCAGAGAAGAUCAAACUUCUGUUUUGGCCUCAUAUUUCUCUUAAGAAUGCUAUUUAUAACACUAUUUUCUGUAAGUUACCAUAGAUUGAUUGCCUUAUAAUUAUAACUUGAGGUCUAAAUCCAUGAAGGUUAGAUUGUCUAAAUCACAAAUAAUAUUUUGUCUCGCUUUGACAGAGUCAAAAAGCGAGACAUAGGUAUGCUGUUUCUGGCAGCGGCGGCAGCGGCAUCAACACUGUAUUAGUUUGUGAUUAGGUCUAGUUUAUGGUGAACCACUAAUGGUAGGUCAAUGAUAUUUGGUAUGCAGUUGUAUUAACAUUGGCACAUCUCAUUUCCAUGGAGAUUAUUUGGCCCUGCCCUCUCUGUCAUGGUCUAUUGACUUUGAAAUUUUUGCUAAGUUAACAUGUAUUUGUUUGUGAUUAGGUCAGUUUAUGGCGAACCACUAGUGGUAGGUCAAUGACAUUUGGUAUGCAGUUGUAUAAGCAUUGGCACAUAUCAUUUCCAUGGAGAAUAUUUGGCCCUGCCCCCUCAGUCAUGGUCUAUUGACUUCAAAACUUUUGCUUAGUUUACAUGUAUUAGUUUGUGAUUAGAUUAGUUUAAGAUGAACCGCUAAUGUUAAGUCAAUGAUAUUUGGUAUGCAAAUUUAUUGGCAUUUGAAAGUCUCUUUUCCAUGGAGAUUAUAUAGCCCCACCCCCUCAUCAUGUUUGUAUUUUGGUUUGUUUAAAGCAACGACUUAUAAUAAGUUAAUGGAAUUUGGUAUGCAGUUGUAUUAGCAUUGGUACAUCUCAUUUCCAUGGAGAUUGUUUAGCCAUGUACCUUCAGUCAUGGUUCAUUGACUUUGAAUAUUUGCAUAACUUACAUGUCAAAGUAUUGCUAUUUUAAUUUCAACAUUUCCAUUAUCAAAAUUACAAAAACGCAGACAUACCUCUGUGUUAACAAUUUAUAUAAAAUUUAUAGAAAUCUAAAGAAAAAAGUAUUAACAUCAAAGGAACAUUCCUAAAUUGAGAUAUUUGUUCUGAAUGUACUUAAACUUAAUGCUACUUUGAAGAGCUGCAAAUUAUAUAUUUUUUUUUAUCUAUUACAAACUUCAAGGAUUUUUUAGUUGCUUUUCUGUGUGAAUUUGGCAUAACAUUUUUAGAACAGAUACAUAUACAUUGUACCUCUAUUUGUGGAAUAAUAAUUUUAUUUUUAAUUAUUUUCAGAUUUUUCAUGCACAUUUCUUUUAUAUUUUAAAGUUUUAAUAGUUUUUAAGUUGGUUUUAUUUAUUAAUGGUUUUCAGGUAUGUUUAUUUAUUGACUUAUCUUUAACUCAUUCAUAAUAAUGGCUUAUUUUUCAUAGGUUACAUCUGAAAUGAUUAGAUUGGGAACUAUGUGCAUCUCAUCUUGCUGAUUGAACUUAAAAUAAGGAUACUACAUACCUUGCUCCCUCUGUCACUCUUGUAUUUAACACAGUCUUUUCCCUCAGAAAACUACAUAUUUAAAAUCCUAAAAAGUUUUGUUUUUAAAUUUCAAUUUCUUAUAUGAGAAUGAUUACCUAGCUUGAUUAAAAAAAGUUGUUAUUGUGUAUGUAUAUAAUGAUCUAUUUACAUCUUUUAGAAUGAUAUAGAUGAUGUAUAGCCAUCCAGUUGUUGAUAUUAAUAAAGAUUGUUAUAUGAUAAAGCAAAA